AUGACCCCAAUUAAUCCCUAUGACGAUGUUGCCUGGAUAAUAAGCACGGAUAUCUGGAAGCGUUGGCCAAUUCUGCUCUUUGAUUCGAACUUCUACAAUGACAUUGGAAUCUUUCUUCGUGACGAAUUUACCGAUCUUACAUGUGGCAUGUUUGCUUUUCUCAACACAGGCGGUUUCAAUAUCUCCUUCAAGAUGGAUUUCACCAACAAUUACAGCGCUAUUAUACGGUUCCCAAUACCCGGCUCUAUCAUGUUUCCCGAAGAAAACUUCCGCAAUGAGGUGUCUAUCAUUCAAUUUCUCUUGGACAAAACAUCACAUGAAAUCUCAAUCCCAGUGCCUUCCAUUGUGAGCUGGGGAACGACAAAUGGAGGCCCUUCAAAACUUGGUCGUUUGACUCCUUUCAUCAUCAUGGACUAUAUUCCUCACAAGCAAAGUAUGGGUGAUCUCCUUAGCGCGCCAAUAUGCGAAGCAGGAGAAAUUCCAGUACUGAAUUCAGAUCUCAAGACGGGCAGGCUAGAAGCUCUCUACGAAAAACUCGCCAAGGUCGUCCUUUCGCUGUCUACACUUUCUUGGAAUCGUAUAGGAUCUCUUGCCAAGAAUGAAAACUCUACGUGGGAAGUGUUAAAUCGGCCUCUGACCUAUUCUAUGAACGAAAUUGUGCAACUGGGGACACUACCCCGAUCGGAGCUACCGACCACUACAUAUAAUAAAGCGUCGUCGUACUUUGAAGCCCUGGCGGAGCUACAUGUUUCACACCUCAAAAACCAAAGGAACGAGGCAAAUAUGCGGAGGUAUAUACGGGAGGAUGUCUUAGCGGAUACCUUCCGGCGCAGAUUCGUCGCUAGAUUUCUCUUCCGGAAAAUUCUGCGAGACCAAGAACACAGGAAACAAGUGAUAUUCGCUGAAAAUGGCCCGUUCCCAGUUUGGUGUGAUGACUUUCGACCAGAAAAUGUUUUAGUUGAUGAAGCUGAAAACAUUGCUGGAGUGGUGGAUUGGAAGUUCACGUACGCCGCACCUGCCGAAUUUUCUUAUGCACCGCCCUGGUGGCUUCUCCUCCGUAAGCCGGAAGAUUGGCCUAAAGGCCUUGAUGAUUGGUGUGCGGAGUAUGAAAAACCGCUUCAGGCCUUUCUUGAGGCAAUGCGGAAAUGCGAAGAGAAGGAAAUCCGGAUGGGAAAGCUAAAAGAAAGCCAGCGCCUAUCUGAUCGCAUGCGGGAGAGUUGGGAGAGCGGAAACUUUUGGUUUGUGUACGCUGCAAGGAACAAUUUUGCCUUCGACGCGAUUUAUUGGGAAAAGAUCGAUCAGAGAUUCUUCCGAAACUGCCCAGGUCAGUCUGACGAAGACAACAUUCAAGAUGUAUGGCGGAAGAGACUCCAUCUUUUGGAAGCAGAAGAGAUUGAGCUUAUGGAGCAAUAUGUGGAUGUGAGGGUCAAAGAUUGGAUUCAAUGGAAAGAAGAUCUUGCUUGGCAGCCGGGUGAAUACACUGUUGAAUGGAUCAAGCGGAUGGAUAUAAUAGAUAAGAUCAAGACGAUGAAGAAGGAGAUGGAGGAGACGGUGGUGGAGUGGGAGGAGGAGAUCAAGAGGAUGAAGGAGAUGAAGGAGUGCAGCACGGAGAUGAUAAAGGACACAAUGCAGAUGCAAAGAAAAGGGGAGAUGAAGACGAUGGAGGAACUAGAGAGGAUUGAGGUGGAGUGGACGGAGAUGAUAAAGGAUAUGAAGGAGUUGGAGGAGAAGGAUGAGAUACUGUACAUGAUCGCGAUGAAGAAGAAGGUGGGGCAAAUGGAGAUGGAGUGGACGGAGAUGGUAAAGGACAUGAUGGAGAUGGAGGAAAUCAAAUUGCAUUCUUAG